AUUUUAUGAUAUACGUACAAUAUGUUCACCACACAAGACUUGGAAAAUGUGGUUUACCUCUUUAAUUAAUUUGAUAUAAUGUCUGACAUUAAUUGUGUAAAACACAGAAUGAAUUUGUAAUACACAUACGUGCAAACAUAUGAGCCAAGUGUUACAUGUAAUGGACACCUGACAACACAAAUGGUUGCCAAACCAAACAAUACUAUUAAUUACAAUAAAUUCUAUAAUAAAUUCAAAGAACUUUUUGUGGGAAAUUAUGUGCUAUAAUAUUCUAUUAUAAUUAAUAAAAUAUAAUAAUGUUACAACCAACAACGUAUACAACAUAAUCGAUAAAGAGAAAAAACAAAAACAAACUUUAAAUAUAAUGAUAAAUUUGCAAAAUUGUUAUAAAAGAGAAAAUCUAUUAUGUAAAUGGAGCUGAAACACAGAAAUAAAAAACAAAAUGUAAAAUAUUAUAACAAAGGGUGUACCCAGUUGAAAUGCAAAGUUUAAUUUUUUAUAAUAAAUACUUUUUAUUAUCCCUUUCUAAUCAGUUAGCUGUGCGUGACGCCCACCCGUAAUGCGUAAUAAUCUACACCAGAAGAUAUUUUUAUCAUUUUGUCAAGUCCUCUCAUUACGAUGACGCAUAUCGCUAAAGAGGGCGGCAUAGUUAGCUCGUUAAAAGGAGUAGAGAUGUGAACUUACUUUCCUGUGACUCGUAACAUCUGGCAAAUGAGGAAGACCCGCCGUUUGCCAGCUCUUCAGUUCAUAUCUAUCUUAUUUAAGUUGCAACUUAAUUGCUGUGAAACGUUAGAAAUAUUUUAAUAAAUUUCUAUAUUUCAUUGUACUCAGAACUAAAGUAGUGAACGUAAAACGUAAAGAGACUAAAACAAAAAGCCAAAAGCAAAGAAAAACGUAAUAAUAAUAAUAAUAAUAAUAAUAAUAGCAAAGUGUGUAAACGUGAUCCGUAGUAAAAUAGAGAAAAUUAAUGGAAAUUUUUGUGCAACCACAGCAAAAAAGAAAAAAAGUAAAUAAGAUUUCUCCUAUAACCGAUUCACCUUACAAUUAAAUGUUUAACCUUUGCUUUACCUUUAAACAACAAGUGAAAUGGAAAUGUUUGUGUAUGUUUUGUUGCUUGUCUGUUAAAGUUAAAAUUUUAUUAAGCAUUCCAUGAUUUAAGAGCAAACGAAACCGCCAAAGGUCACAGAGAGAAAUCAUGAGUUUUGAACACUGCUGCCCCCAUUAUCAGCACCAGCAUCAACAUCAACAUCAACAUCAACAUCAGUAUCAACAUAAUCAAAAGCAACCGCCAAACCAUUUUCAUCAGAACAAAUAUUCCGCUUCACCUUUACCCAAUCUACAGAAUAUUUGGUGUAUAAUACAUUUGAUAUUAUUUUUGAUAGAUAUAACCAAUUCACUAACCAUGACUGAGGUAAAAAUACCCAAUCAUAUAAUGCGUUUUAAGAGCGCUAUACUUGGUUGCCGUUACAAUCUCGAUGGCGAAUCUUUAUAUUCGGUGAAAUGGUAUAAAGAUGGUCAUGAAUUUUAUCGUUAUGUGCCACGAAAUAAGCCACCGGGACAGGCGUUCCCAUUGCCCGGCAUCAAUGUUGAUUUACGCAACUCAUCGGACACCCAGGUAAUGCUGCGACGCGUUACGCUGCAAUCAACCGGAGUCUAUAAAUGUGAAGUUUCCGGUGAGGCACCCGCCUUUAAUACAGUUUCCGAAUCUGAAACUAUGACUGUCGUAAUGACACCACAACGUGGUCCUCGGAUAACGGGCGGACAAUCACGCUAUCAAAUUGGCGAUGUUGUCAGGGUUAACUGCACCUCGUAUCCUUCGAAACCUGUUUGCCAUUUAAGCUGGCUUAUUAACGGUGAGCCAUCCAAUCGUUCAUAUCUCAAAUACUACGAUAACAUCGUGUAUGGCCGCGAAGGUCUCGAAGUGGCCAUAUUAGGCUUGGAAUUCCGUGUCAGGGGCUAUCAUUUUAAGAAUGGUGAUAUGAAAUUGAAGUGUGUAGCCAAAAUUUCUUCCCUUUAUUUUCAAAGUCGUGAAGAAAGUGUAGAAUCGGAUCGUCCUCAACGUGCUCCUGCUUUAGAAUCACGGGAGACAGUGGCUGCUAAACCCAGAGCUCAAGGUUCAUCAAAUGGCGGAAAUCUAUUGCAAACUUCCAAUUAUCAAUUACUAAUAAUAAUUAUAUGCUUAAUGUUGACAAGUAGUGGGAAAUUCCUCAUGUACAUACCCAGAUAACUACAUUAGUAAAUACAUAGUUACUUAUAUAGAAAGUGAAUGAUGAAGGAAGAUAUGAAAAAUAGAAAAAAAAAAAAACACUAAUUGAAAUGACUUUCGAAUAAAGUGGAAUUGGAAAAUUAUAGAAACUCUGACACAAACAGCAUUAAAGCAUUUAAACGGAACAUAUCCUAUGCCAAAAAAAAAA